AUGCAUCUGCCCCCUCCCGGGGGAGAGCCGAGGAGCAUUAAUAAAUCUAUACGCCGAGGAGAGGAAACUCUGACUGGGGCAGAGCGCGGAGCUCCGGCAGUUCGUGGGGGAACAGCGGCCGGAUCGGCAGCGCAACGGGCAAAAUACAAUAGAGGCGACAACAGAAGGGAGCCCUCGUACCUCUCCCGUAAACACACUCCACUCCACUGCCACCUGCCCCUUGGCAUCGUGCUGCCCGGCACCCGAGGCCGCUCGGACUGCUAUGUAACCGAGAAGCUGCCGGAGGAAGGGGGAACCCGGGAAAAGAGGUUCGCCAGUGAGAGCCCCUAG